CAUGUCUCGUCCGAAGAAUCAAAAUUAUAAGGGCCAUGGGUCGUCAAAAGGAAAAGAGCGCCUGGAUGUAGGACUCAGCACAUCUUUGGGUCGCCUAAAGAACCCACUUGCAGCCAGGUCUAGUGGAUGGUGGUACAUACCUGUAAUCCCAGCACUCUGAAGGCUGAGGCAGGAAGAUUACAAGAUCAAGCCUAACCUAAGCAACUUGAGAGCAAAGAGCAUCAAUUCAAUUCAAGACCACUCUUAUGAACACUCUCAUGGACGUCCUCCGCAACAGACCGGGAUGGGUGGAAGUGAAAGAUGAAGGAGAGUGGGAUUUCUACUGGUGCGAUGUCAGCUGGCUCCGGGAGAACUUCGACCACACCUACAUGGACGAUCACGUGCGGAUCAGUCACUUCCGGAACCACUACGAGCUGACCCACAAGAACUACAUGGUGAAGAACUUGAAGCGGUUCCGGAGACAGCUGGAGCGCGAGGCAGGGAAGCUGGAAGCAGCCAAGUGUGACUUCUUCCCUAAAACCUUUGAGAUGCCCUGCGAGUACCACCUAUUCGUGGAGGAGUUCCGCAAGCACCCAGGGAUCACGUGGAUCAUGAAGCCUGUCGCGAGGUCUCAGGGCAAGGGUAUAUUCCUCUUCCGGAGACUGAAGGACAUCAUGGACUGGAGGAAGGACACAAGAAGUUCUGAUGACCAGAAAGAUGAGUUACCUGUGGAGAACUAUGUAGCUCAGCGUUACAUCGAGAAUCCCUACUUAAUUGGAGGCCGCAAGUUUGACCUGCGAGUCUACGUGCUGGUAACAUCGUACCUCCCACUGCGUGCCUGGCUCUACAGAGAUGGCUUCACCCGAUUCUCCAACACUCGCUUCACGCUGAGCAGCAUCGACGACCAGUAUGUUCAUCUCACCAACGUCGCUGUGCAGAAGACAUCUCCCGACUACCACCCAAAGAAGGGCUGCAAGUGGAUGCUCCAGCGUUUUCGGCAGUACCUAGCAUCCAAGCAUGGCCCCCAGGUGGUGGAGGCACUUUUCAGUGACAUGGACAACAUCUUCAUCAAGAGCCUGCAAAGCGUGCAGAAGGUGAUCAUUAGUGACAAGCACUGCUUUGAGCUGUAUGGCUACGACAUUCUCAUCGACCAAGACCUCAAGCCGUGGCUCCUGGAGGUCAAUGCUUCCCCUUCGCUGACAGCCAGCAGCCCGGAGGACUAUGAGCUGAAGACCUGCCUGCUGGAGGACACGCUGCACGUGGUAGACAUGGAAGCCAGGCUCACAGGAAAGGAAAAGCGAGUCGGGGGCUUCGACCUCAUGUGGAAUGAUGGACCCGUGAGCAGAGAGGAGGGGGCUCCUGACCUGCCGGGGAUGGGAAACUUCGUGACCAACACACACCUCGGCUGUGUCAAUGAUCGGAAAAACCAGCUGCAGCAGCUGUUCCACUCCCUUCAGACCCAGAAGAAAGCUUCCAGUUGACCCCAGAAUGGAGGAAAGAGGGUCUGGAAGGUGCCACCCUGGCCUCUCCCUGACCUAUUCCUGCCAGCACACCGCACAGCAUUCUUCUCCCUCCCUCCCUCCAGCCUGGCAGCAGCUCUGCUAAGCAGUGGCUGCUUGCUGCUUGGUCUUGGUCCCUGCAUCCACCCACCUUGUCCCUGGGCAUCAAUGCACCAGGAGACAGCCAAUCCCUGGACCUGGAUGGGUUUUAACCUUGACAGACUGGCUUGGUGACAGGGCCAAGAAGACAAGUGCAGUAAAUUCUGCUGCCCUGGAAAGAUUAUAUCUAAUAAAUAAGCCUUGCUUGGAGUCACUGGGCACCAGGCCUGGCUUAGGGGACACUGUUGGGGGCAGGCAAGUCCUGGCUUUAACAUUUUGGUCUCAGGGCAUGAUGAAAGGGUCCCUAGGGCUAGGGAACCUGUCUCUCAGCUGCAAAGCUAGCAGUUGUCAUAACAUGUUUCCUGAAAGUUUGGAGAAGUGCCGAGCCCUGAACAUACCUUCUCCUCUGUUAUUCCCUGGCCUUAGAUGUCAGAGAGCCCCGGGCCUCCGCCAGGCAGCAUCUGAAAACCAGUGAGCCAGAACACCUUUCUCAGGUGGGCAAGGUGAAGACUGGGAAGGCAGAACUGUUUAGUGAGGGGCUCACAAAAGUGUACUUCAUGUCAGCUAGUUGUCUCAGGAACCUCUCUGAAGCUAACAGCUGAGCUUUUUAAAGACAUGGGCUGUCGGGCAAGAUGGCUUGGGGAGUUGUGUGCAAGUAAAAAUGUCUUUUUUGGGGGAGGCACAUUUCCAUAUUUCAUUCCACAGCCUCCUCCUGGCUGAAGAGGAGUUGCAAGCCUGGACUGCUGGGCUACCUGCUCCAUGGAGGCUUCCCACAGAGGCCCACCAUAGGUUCCAGGCAGCUCUCACUACCACUUGCUGCUCUGGGAAGUUCUAGCUUCAAAUGGCAGAACCUGAC